AUGUCAAAUAAUUCACAACUGGAGAGGAGGGUGUCUAAAUGCGCAGGCUGUGGAACCCCGAUUACCGAGCAUGGCUGGGUAUUUCCCAGCAAAUUCUAUCAAGGAGAGGAGAUCAGUUCUCCAAUUGCGCAUAAAAACAGGCAGAACGCCACGGUUGCCGGCCAUGAUGAAGACCAACAAAUUGCAGACUUUGGACAGGAGUUGGCCGAGCUAGACCUGGAAGAACAGUGGCAAGCCAAGCAAAAACGUAUAGCUUCUAUCUAAAGGCAGAUAGAAAAGAAAUGGACCAAGUUGGUCGCGAGUGAGCUACCAGAGCAAGCUGGUCUGUCGAAUGUCAAGUAUCUGCGUUCUCUUCUUCCAAGCGAAGCGUUAACAACUUCAUUGGAUGGAACUCUUAACCUGACCACAUACUACCUGCCGCUU